UUUAUUUUUUUAUUUUAUUUUAUUUUUUUUUUUUGUUCUUGUAAACGCGUAAAAUAGAAAUAUAACAUGUCAACUAAAACAACUGUAGCAACAGAUAAUUUCGAAAUCUUUAAACGAAUUCAACCUCAUGAAUAUUUAAAACGAUUUCUCGAUCAGGGAGUUAGACCUGAUGGAAGAGUAUUAAAUGAAUUUAGAAAGACUAUGAUUACUUCAGGUGCCAUCUCUACAGCUAAUGCAAGUGCUAUGGUUCGUUUAGGUGGUACAACUGUAGUUUGUGGUAUAAAAGCUGAGGUAUGUGAACCCAGAAUAGAUGUUCCUAAAGAAGGUUAUUUAGUUCCCAAUGUUGAAUUAUCUCCAUUAUGUUCACCUAAAUUCAAACCUGGAGCGCCCUCUGAAAAAGCACAAUCUGUAUCCGAAUUUAUUAACCAACUUUUCUCAAAGUCAGCCAUUUUUCCUUUAGAAAGUCUAUGUAUAGAAGAAGGAAAAGCAGUUUGGGUAUUAUAUGCAGAUAUUGUAUGUCUAAAUUACGAUGGAAAUAUUUUAGAUGCUAGUUUAUUAGCUUUAAGUAUUGCAUUAACAAAUUUAAAAUUACCCAAAUCAGAAGUGACCGAAUCUAUGAUAGUUGAAUCCGAUCCUAAAGAAUUCCUUCCACCUAUUCAACUCUCACGAUUUCCUGUAUCAUCUACAUUUUGUGUAUUUAAUCAACCUGAUGUGAUUUUAUCAGAUCCAAAUGAUACAGAAGAAAGUUUAACAAAAGAAACAAUGACACUUGUUAUGGAUUUUGAUUAUCAAUUAUGUCGAGUUUAUAAAAAUGGAGGAAGUACGAUUGAUAAAGAAGGAUUAAAGCAAUGUAUUGAAAAUGCAAAACAAAGAACUAAAGAAGUAAAGGCCAUGAUUGACCAAAUAUUAACAAAAUAAACUUUUAUUUAUAUGAAUA